GUUUUGCACCGUGAUCGGCUUGUCGCUCGAUAUGUGGGUAGUGCGCCGAUGAGGUAAUCCGAGGACGAAAGUCACGAGAAAGUGCGAACAGGCAAGGUGGGCCUCGUUUGUACCUCGUAGCUCCAUUUAUACUGCUAGAGUUACUAACUUCAGAACACGAAUUGUCCUGCUGCAAGCGUAACACGCCACUCGAUCUCUUGAAAGCGUCAGGUGUUUGAAGGUCGACCGUCCGCUUUACGCUUUGCGUAAAGUAUUUGAGAGCCGGCGGAGGGUAGCGAGUUAAACUACGCGGUAUCCCUCGUGUUCACCCCAACAAUGGGCAGCAGCAAAGUCGAAAGCCGACCGAAAGGCGGCGCACCUCGACUGAACGCAGCAUCAGCAACGUUAUCGGAGUCACUUCGUCGUGGCAACGUAGUUUCCGCACUGCUCUGCUUUGCCUGCGGCGCCUGCUUUGUCCUCAGUUUGAUUUGUACCUGCCUGGCGACAUUGGUCGUUUUACUGGAUCAUUCCGUUGAGGCAGCAAGCUACGUUCGACACGACUCGAGUAAACCAGAGGCGUAUACAACAAUGUCUAAUCCAGAUGACAGCUUCAGAUUGCCAAAGGAAGUCGUACCUAAGCAUUACGAUCUUCUCUUGCAUCCAAACCUUAAAGAGGGCACGUUUUCUGGAAAGACGACUAUCCUUAUUGAUGUCCAAGACGACAGAAGAACCAUAGCUCUCCAUCGAAAAGAUCUCAACAUUACAUCUGCGAAGCUAGUUACGUACGGCUUAGAGACAGACUACGAAAUUGAGAUCUCUAACAUCAGCGAGCCUACAAAGUAUGAGAUCUUUGUGAUAUCAACUAAAACCGAGAUUAAACGCGGGUUACAUAACUUGAGCCUGGAAUUUACUGGAAAUCUCAGAGGCAAAAUAGUCGGUUUCUACAGCAGCAAAUACCAGUAUGAUAAUCGAAAAAUCAGGUACAUCGCGACUACUAAAUUCGAGCCAACUUAUGCGAGACAAGCUUUCCCAUGUUUCGACGAACCUGCCUUUAAAGCAGAAUUUUCGAUAAAACUGGUUCAUCCUAUGACUGAUUGUUAUAGUGCCUUAUCCAAUAUGAAUGUAAAGGAAAUAGAUGCGAAUACACCGCAACAGGGGCUGGCAACAGUGUCAUUUGAAAAAACUGUAUCCAUGUCGACAUACCUAGCUUGUUUUAUUAUCAGUGAUUUUGUCAGUACAAGCAAGAUGGCAAAGGGUUUAAAUGGUGAACAAUUUCCAGUCAGUGUCUAUACCACAAAAAUUCAGCCGGAAGAAAAGAGAAUUUUCGCAGUGGAUAUUGGCGUGAAAGCUAUCGAAUAUUACAUAAACUUAUUCAAAAUAAAUUAUCCAUUACCAAAACUCGAUAUGGCCGGUAUUCCUGAUUUUAUGUCCGGCGCUAUGGAAAAUUGGGGUUUAGUAACUUAUAGAGAGUCAAGAAUUCUUUAUGACGAGUAUGAAAACUCCAUUUACGAUAAGCGCGAUGUCGUUAACGUAAUCUGUCACGAAUUGGCGCACAUGUGGUUUGGAAAUUACGUUACCAUGAAAUGGUGGAAUGAUUUAUGGCUCAAUGAGGGUUUCGCUACAUUUAUGGCAUCUAAAUGUUCAGAUGCGAUUCUACCAAAACAAGGAUAUAUGGAGGAAUUUCCUGUUGAAGUAAUGCAGAAGGUGUUCGUUUCCGAUGCAAAAUUGAGUUCUCAUCCUAUAGUUUACGACAUCCAAAAUCCAGAUGAUAUCUCAUCAUUCUUUGAUGGAAUAUCUUAUAAAAAGGGAGCAUCUAUAAUUCGUAUGAUGGAGAACUUCUUUGGAUCUGACGUCUUUUUCGGUUCAAUUAGUACCUAUUUGAAUAAGUAUGCCUUUGGGAAUGCCGAGACGGCGGAUCUCUUUAAGGUUUUGCAAGAUUCGGUCGGAGACAAAUUAGACGUCACAGCUAUAAUGGACACUUGGACGCGACAAGAAGGCUACCCUGUUAUCAACGUGAGAAAGGAAGGAAACAAAUUUAUAUUAACUCAAAAACGUUUCCUGGACGACCAAGAUGCCAAAUCUGAUCCCUCAAAAUCCAAAUACGGAUAUCGAUGGACCAUACCCGUAACUUAUAUCACUAACAAAAAAUCGGUACCCACUCUUGUAUGGUUCGACAAGGAUAAGGACGAAGUUACAAUUGAGGUCGCAGAAAACGUUAGAUGGUUGAAAUUAAAUGCCGGCCAAGUUGGCUUUUAUCGAGUUAAUUAUAACGAAGAGUGGAAUACUUUCAAGCAGGUGUUCCACGUACACUUUACGAGAAUAUCAUCGUGUGAUCGGGCGAAUCUUUUAGAUGAUUUAUUUAGCUUAGCUGAUGCUGGAGAGCUCGAUUAUGACAUUGUGAUGAAUAUAAUAAACGAUUAUCUCACCGAGGAGUAUCAGACUCUUCCAUGGGCAGUUGCAAAAUCGAAAUUGAUGACGAUGUAUACUCUUUUAUCUUCGAAUGGCUCAGAGGUCUCUUCGCUGUUUCAGAGGUUUAUUCAACGUAUGGUAGAAGAAAUGUAUUACGCAGUAACUUGGUCCGUUAAUGAUGCCGACGAAGACGUCGAUGUACCGUCCACGCGCUUUGACAAGAGAGUACGACCGAUAAUAAUCGAAUUGGCCUGUGCAGUCGGUGUAUCUGGAUGCCUUGAAAAAGCCGGAGAACUCUUCAACGAUUGGCUGACACACGAGAAACCGCAACAUCCUGACAUUCGUGAAUUGGUCUAUUACUACGGUAUGCGCCAUCUUUCGAAUACGGACCAAUGGAGUCACAUGUUCGAUCUAUUUACACACGAGACCAAUCCUAGCGAGAAAAAUAAGCUAAUGACAGGAUUGGCAGGCAUACAUUCCACUGAGGCUCUAAAAUUGUACAUUAAUCAAGCGAUUGAUGAGAACAAUGUCCGCGCUCAAGAUUUCUUGAAGUGCUUGACUGUAAUUUCGAAAAAUCCCGACGGUACGUCGGUAGUCUGGGACUGGGUGCGCGACAACUGGGAAUUCCUGGUGAACAGAUACACACUGAAUGAUCGAUAUCUCGGCGAACUUAUACCGUCUAUUACAAGUUCCUUUGGCACGCAAACUAAGCUGGACGAGAUAAAAGCUUUCUUUGAAAAGUAUCCCGAAGCCGGCGCUGGUGCGGAGAGUCGGGCCAAAACUCUCGAGACAGUCACGAAAAAUAUCAAAUGGGUGGCUACAAAUGAUAUAAAGAUUCGUAAUUGGUUCUACAAAAACCUGCCGCCCAGAGACUAAACGUACCAACAAGAAUAUCUUUACAAGAUAGCCAAAAGAGAAGACGGACUCUCUUAAUGCACAUCGAUUUUUAACAGUUAUACAGAAAAACAAUUUAUUUCUUUUAAAUCUUGGUGCGCCUCUCAAAUUUUUGCUGGAAAUCAUUGGAAGCGUGAAGGUAAUUAAUUGUAAUUUGGUAUAGAACAUUUUGGCCACCUACGAUAAGGGAAUCGUAUUAAUAUGCUGAAUUAAUAUUGUGAUUAAAUCUUCUGUGUAAUUACUGCGAGAGCGUCGUUGUUACACACUAAAUACAAAAGUACCAAUUUGCAUUUUGCGCGAAACAUAGGCCUUUUAUGCAACGCAUUUACAAAUCUUGAUACUGAUAUCUUUAAAUACAACUUUAUAGAAAUAAUUUUGUAAUUAAAUAUAGCAUGUUUAUAUCGUUCA